AAUAUAUAGAAAUAAAAUAAAGGAGGCAAAAGCCAACAGGAGACCAAACACCAAUAAAACUCACAACCAUCCUGUCAUAAGUCAAAACCCAUAACUCAAAACAACCCACAGGUUCCCCAACCCUUCUCGUCUCCUUCUGUCGGCCGCUUCUCACUUUACUGUUUCUCUCUCAAAUCUCUGUCUCCAAAACAUGGCAAAUCUCGCUCACCCCGGUAGCCAAACCCACCUAUUCACCAAAUUCUCCCAUCAACCCAAAAAAUUCACACCUCCUUCAAGAAUCCGCAUGUCCCUUCAAGAAAACGCCCCCUCCCUCGCUGUGGUUGGCGUCACUGGUGCAGUUGGCCAAGAAUUCCUCUCUGUCCUCUCUGACCGUGACUUCCCUUACCGUUCCAUCAAAAUGCUGGCCUCUAAGCGCUCUGCUGGCAAGCAGCUCACGUUUCAAGAUAGAAACUACAUGAUUGAAGAGCUGACAGAAGAUAGCUUUGACGGGGUCGAUAUUGCGCUGUUUAGUGCUGGUGGGUCCAUCAGUAAGCAUUUUGGGCCGGUGGCUGUGGACAAGGGAGCCAUUGUGGUGGAUAAUAGCUCGGCUUUUAGAAUGGAAGAAGGGAUUCCUUUGGUGAUUCCCGAGGUUAAUCCAGAGGCUAUGGAAGGGAUUAAAGUCGGGAUGGGAAAGGGCGCUUUGAUCGCCAAUCCGAAUUGUUCAACUAUUAUUUGUUUGAUGGCGGCUACUCCUUUGCAUAGGCAUGCCAAGGUGCAACGAAUGGUUGUUAGUACAUAUCAGGCAGCCAGUGGUGCUGGUGCUGCAGCAAUGGAAGAGCUUGAGCUGCAGACUCGUGAGGUCUUGGAAGGAAAACCACCAACUUGCAACAUCUUUAAGCAACAGUAUGCUUUUAACUUGUUUUCACACAAUGCACCUAUUCUAUCAAAUGGUUAUAAUGAAGAGGAAAUGAAAUUAGUUAAAGAAACCAGAAAGAUCUGGAAUGACAUGAAUGUUAAAGUCACUGCUACAUGUAUACGUGUUCCUGUCAUGCGUGCACAUGCUGAAAGUAUCAAUCUUCAAUUUCAGCAGCCCCUUGAUGAGGAUACGGCAAAAGAUAUUUUGAAGAGCGCUCCUGGGGUGGUGGUUAUUGAUGACCGAGCAUCUAAUCACUUUCCUACACCUUUGGAGGUAUCAAACAAAGAUAAUGUUGCAGUUGGCAGGAUUCGUCGUGAUUUGUCACAAGAUGGAAAUAAGGGGUUGGAUAUAUUUGUCUGUGGUGAUCAAAUACGCAAAGGAGCUGCACUUAAUGCUAUUCAGAUUGCUGAGAUGCUGCUAUAGUCUGCUCUUUUGCUUUGGUGGUGAGGUUCAUUUGAUGGAUUAUUCAAUUUGGUGAGAUAGGGUGGUUUAAAAUGUUUUAUAUUUCUAGUCUCUUGACAUGGAUAUUCGUUCUUGCAUUGAGGUUGAAGAAAUUUGAGAAGUUUUUGUAGUAUAAGCAUUUGGGUUUGUUAUCUGGGCACGUGGUAUUUUUCAGUUGAUAGGGUAUCUAACUUUUGCAUUUGAAGUUAAUUUUGUACCUUUAUUGUAAACUUAUGAUAGCCUAUGCAAGCUAGAAAUUUUGUCAA